CCGAACGGGUCAAAGACAGCGUCUCUGGCCGUGCCUUGGCUGGAUAUGGAGAACUUCUCCCUUCUCAGCAUAUCUGGCCCCCACAACCCUUCUCUAGCGAUGAGGGACCAGCCCAAGCUCACCCCCUUCAUGCCCGACGCCGGCCUGCCAGACUACCCCUUGGGAGCCACGCCGAGCAGCGGGGCAGUGGAGCAGAGCUGCAGCAUCUACCGGCCCUGGUUCUCCCCAUACAGCUACUUCGUGCGCUCCGAGGGGUCCUCCCACCCGGAGGGGCUCCCCGAGCUGAGCCCGGAACCCAGGGAGCCUGGCGGCAGCCAGUCCCAGGCCCCGGCCAAGAGCCCCCGCCCCUCCUCCUCUUCCUCCUCCUCCGCCCUGGAGGAGGCCUGCCCCUGGGCCCCGGCCUCCCAGCACGGGCCCAGCCUCCCCUGCGUGGACUCGGUCAGUGCCUGGGACCUCCUGUCCGCCUCUAAGGGCCAGCCCGGCCAACAUAAUGGCUACAAGUGCUUGGGCUGCUGCCGCCUGUUCCCCACACUGGCUUCCUUGCACAGCCAUGUGGAGGGCGGGCACAAGGAGGGCUUCAGCUGCCACCUCUACUACCGCAAACUUAAAAGCCUGCGGGCCAGAGAGCACCGGGGUGGAGGCAGGCGGCGGGCCGCUAGCGCCUGCUGGCUGUUCAAGUAGUGGGGCUGCGGUCCCCGCUCCCGUCCGGUGGUGAGCCGGGAGAGAGCCAACGUUACACCGUCGGAGAAGCGAGAAUAAAUGGAAAUAUCAGUCA